UACUCUGGAGGACCAUUUUUAGAAGACAUAAUCAUCGACAUGGGGUUUGUUUUUUACAGGUACUGAGCUCUAAACUUUAAGAUUUUAUUUUGGUGAGACAUGGAGACGAUAUGGCUUUAUCAGUUUCGUCUGAUCGUCAUCGGAGACUCCACAGUUGGCAAGUCAUGUCUGAUCCGGAGGUUCACUGAGGGCCGCUUCGCCCAGGUGUCAGACCCGACGGUGGGGGUGGACUUCUUCUCUCGCCUGGUGGAGAUUGAGCCGGGAAAAAGAAUCAAACUACAGAUCUGGGACACUGCAGGGCAGGAGAGGUUCAGGUCUAUCACCAGAGCUUACUACCGUAACUCGGUGGGCGGGCUCCUACUCUUCGACAUCACAAACCGCCGUUCCUUCCAGAAUGUCCACAACUGGCUGGAGGAGGCCCAGAGCCACGUCCAGCCGCACAACAUUGUCUUCCUGCUGGUCGGUCACAAGUGUGACCUGGAGGCCCAGCGUCAGGUGACGCAGCAGGAGGCAGAGAAGCUGGCGGGGGCCUUCGGGAUGCGCUAUGUGGAGACAUCGGCACGAGAAUCUAUCAACGUGGAGAAGGCGUUUGUGGAUCUGACGAAGGACAUCUUUGAGCUGGUACGGAGCGGGGACAUUAAGAUCCAGGAUGGCUGGGAGGGCGUCAAGAGUGGAUUGGUUCCAAACACCGUCCAUUCCUCCGAGGAAGUCACCAAGGGCAGCCGGCAAUGCUUCUGCUGAUUCACCUGGCUGCAGCGUGUGGUGGUGACAGGUAG